AUGUUCCAACGAUUCCACCGGCGUGGUCCGUCCAACCCAAGCUCUCCCUCCUUGCCUGACCAGACCAGUCCGUGGGAUACAGCGUCGUCUCCAGACCAGCUCCAACCGCCCAAGGAGCCAUCGUCCCGCGGCGAUGCGCGCUCCCAGUCACCUGGCGCCUCAAACCUCCCGCCAUCCCUACCCCCGAUUCCCCGCGUUCUCUCUGGCGACUUUAGCUCGUCAUACCCUUUCGAGCACCAGAACCACCACCACGACCACGGGCCUGAUCCUGCCCUCCGCUCCGAUUCGCAGUCUCCGCCCACGAAAUCGCCAUACAAUGGCACCGACCAGGGGUUCAUCGGCGGCGUGGCCUUGAGGAAAUACCGUCAGAGCAUGCAGGAUGCUGGGAAAGAUGCCGAACUGCCUGCUCUCCCAAGCCAAAACAAUAGACUGCCCGAAAACCUGCUGUCGCGCUCAAAGCCGCCGCCGCCGCCAAUCGAUACAAGUUUCUCGCAAAGACCCCCUCCCAUACCUCUCAAACAGGUCAAGCCGGCAUCCUCGUUCGCAACGCCCACCGAGCUCCAGAAUGUUGCCGCGGGACCGGCACGGCGGCCAGCGGGCACCCGGCUUGCCAGCGACUCUACGGUGGCAGCAUCGACCCAGCCAGUCAGCGAAACCCACAAGGCACGCAAAGGCCUCCCCUUCCUCAAGAACCCCAUGUCCACCCUGUUGAACCGGAGGAGAGCCGGACAAGGGCCGUCAGAUAUAUCGCCUGUCCCUCCGCCUGAAGAGCCAAACGAGUUUGCCUACGCCCCGAUCCGAGGCACUCGAGUGCAUGACUUCAGCGCCCCGCGACCGAAGCCUCGCCCCGGCCAGCCAGGGGAUGGGAAGACAUCUGGGCGGCGCGAUGCUCUCGGCCUGCCCAUGGACAGCAGCUACGGAUCGAUGGGGCAAAGUAGUGACACGACCGGCCCUUUUACUGAAAUUUCGAGUGUUGCCAGCCAUGGCAAGCCGUCGGGGCUCAUUAAGAGCGUCUCUGGUCAGAGUUGGGCUUCUGAAGACCGUCAUUCUGAGGCCGAGACCAUCCCUCCCGUACCUCCAAAGGAUAGCCCUGAUCCGAAUGCCCAGAGAAAGUCUCGCAGCUCGAAAACUCCGUCCAUCGACAGCUCACCGGGCCAGGUACGGUACACGCCUUCUGAUCGAACUGGAAGAUCAAGAAAUGUAUCUCUAUCCGACGCGUCAAUCAAGGAUGGGCCGAGUGCAAUCCCUCGCCACAUGAAGAGCACCUCGUCCCGGUUCAGCUUCAUGGUGGGCUCCGCUAAUCAAGAGCUUUUACUCGAGGAAAGGCACAGGCAGAAGGAACUCGAGAAGCAGGGCUCAACACCCAAUGCUGGCACCCGAGACUCGCGUUUUGAUGACUUUGACGAGGACAGCUUCGACUACGACGCCAUGAUGGAUGACGAUGGGCUGGAGGAGAGGAUACCCGGAGUCAACGCCGAUGCGGAGGAUGAUUAUGCUUUUGAGGAGGAAAACAUCUACGAGAAUGAGAGCGUCUACGAAGACGAGAUGGACCCGGACAACGACCAGGAGAACUUUGCGGGCUUUGUCUUUCAGAGAUCCAAUCCCACUUCAUCACUCGCCACACCGCAUACUGCUGGCAACACCAUCACUCCUAGAGAUGCCACGGGUAAUGCGAUCGGUUUUGCGAUGACAAAGGACCAGACGCCAGAUGUUUCCCAGCCCCCUUCGGCGACAACCUAUCAAAUGGAGGAGGCGACGCUCCGGCUCAAGGCAGAUGAUAUCGAAGGACUCGGUAUCCAAGGCCUCAGGUUACGAGAUCAGUCAGAGGGCCCAGAAGACGCCGUGCCUAUCACCGAAGAACAAACCGAACCACGGGGUCAGAGGCUCUCUGUUGACAUACCCAAACAGCCGACUAACCUGGACGAUGGACUCUACUUCGACGAAGGACUGAUGGACGAACUCAACUUUGGCGAUCCAGGGUCGGGCGACAAGUUCGACGAGUCGAUCUUUGACCUCAACGACACCGAUGAAUAUGGCCGUCCCAUUCCCGGCGCCUUUGCCCAAGCACAGGCGCAGCGAUUAGCCAUGAGCCAGGAUGCCUCAAAGCGCGAGAGCAAUGCCACAUCGCGCUUGUCGGGGCAGUCUCAAGUAUCGCAGUCGACGACGCAUACCUCUAUGAGUGUGGGGCUGCAGCACAUGACCUCUAUCUCGGAGAAGCGCUCUGAACCUGAGACAUUUCCUCAUGGGCAUGAGAUCGUGCCGGCAAUGCUCCAGUCGCCUCUGACUGGACAAGACAGAGUUGCUGCGUAUCAGGCCGCCUUGGCUGAAGCCGCCCACAAGGCCGCCGCGUCGGGCAAAUUCCGCAGAGGCUCAUCGCCUCCACCACUAGGAGACUCGACACUGCUUUCUCCCUCCGCUGGUGAGCAGGAUGAGCUGGACGAGUAUGGACAAGAAGACCCAGCAUUUGACGACUAUGACGACGGGGCCUUCACGCAGGAUAUGGACGACUACGACUUCGACGAUGAUGCUAUCAUCGCGGCUGCAAAUGCCGAAGCGCUCGCAAACGACAUGGAUGGUUUCUACGGCCAAGAGUUUGGCUUCUACUCGGCCCCGGCUCACCAAGGCCAUGGACAUGGGCAUUCUCCAUCGAAGCCGGCAUCCACUGGUUCUGCCCCCCUCAAUGAGCAGAACCUCUACGAGUAUGCGGCUGGUGGCUACUUUGGGCCCUCUGGCCUCGGCAGAUCAAAGAGCGGUCGCAUCGUGUCCCGCGAGCCCAACCUGACGCCUAUCACGGAGCGCUCGGAGUAUUCGAAUCGCAACAGUGUCAUGUCCUUGGGCUUCCCACCCGGUGGCGUUGGCAGUGCUGGUGAUUUGAGGUCUCCAGGCCUGGCUCAGCUAGCCAUGAUGGCCGACGACAGCGACAUGACGCUGUCGGCACUCAUGCGUCUCCGCAGUCGCGCUUUCGGCGGUAGCCAGGCCAGUCUAGCGUCGAGCAGGGAGGGGAGUCCCAAGUCGGCAGCUGGAGACCGCGAAGGUGCAACCUCGCCUUGGAAUAUCAACGGUGGCCAGACGGGAUUUCUGGGCGUGAGAGACAGCUCACACGGCCGCAUGGGGUCGCAAACGGGGUUUUCCGUCCGGAGCCGUGAUUCCGACGCGGGGAGUGCGAGCGGCAGCCCGACUCUGACGAUGAACAUGCCGAUGCCGGUCUCGUCGCCUUCGCCUAUGCCCAUAAUCCCGCCGCUGCAUCCGCAUCGCUCGCAGAGUCCUGCCAUGAUUGGCUCGCUGAACGGGUGUCCGCCGGUGCUCGAGGACGACGAGACGUUUGACGACACGGAACCGCCGAGCGCUAUGACCGGCGCGAGCACCGGCAGCAUGGCCAACUCGGGCCUUUGGAUGAGCCCCGGCGAGGGCCAGCAGUUUUCACAGGGUAGUGGUAGCCUGUCAUCUCCGGCUACGAAUACGGCGACGACGAUAUCGCCCCAGCAGCAACAGGCGCCGCCGGGGUACCCGCCCAGCGCGUCCUCGUCGUCGCGGUCGCGGCCGGGCAUGGGUCACCGGCACAAGGGCUCGGCGGACAGCAUUUCGUACAUGAAGGAGGAGGAGGAGAGCGGGGAGACGCGCUGGGUCAUGGAGCGGCGCCGCACGGCCGAGACGGGCGAGGUGGAGAUCCUCGAGAGGGGGGUCGUGGAGGGCGGGAGGAUUUAA